UGGGCGGAUCCGAGGCUCGGCCGAGCUGAGGCGGCAGCGCUCGUCCGCGCAGCCCGCUCGCCGGCGCCUGGCCCUCACGAUGAUGAAGAAGAAGAAGUUUAAGUUUAAGGUGGACUUCGAGCUCGAGGAGCUCUCCUCGGUGCCCUUCGUCAACGGGGUCCUCUUCUGCAAGAUGCGGCUGCUGGACGGCGGCAGCUUCACCGCCGAGUCCUCCAGGGAGGUGGUGCAAGCAAAUUGUGUUCACUGGAGAAAGAAGUUCUCGUUUAUGUGCAAAAUGAGCGCCAGCGCCUCCACCGGCAUCCUGGAUCCUUGUAUCUACAGAGUGUCUGUACGGAAGGAAUUAAAAGGUGGGAAAGCUUAUGCAAAGCUGGGCUUUGCAGAUCUAAACCUGGCAGAGUUUGCUGGAUCAGGAAAUACCACCCGCCGCUGUUUACUGGAAGGCUAUGAUACCAAAAAUACAAGACAGGACAAUUCCAUCCUUAAAGUUUUGAUCAGUAUGCAGCUGAUGUCUGGUGACCCGUGUUUUAAAACGCCUCCUUCCACAUCCAUGUCAAUACCAAUCGCUGGGGAAUCUGAGUCUCUGGAAGAGGACAGGAAAGGUGGCGAGACCCUCAAGGUGCAUCUUGGAAUAGCAGAUCUUUCAGCAAAGAGUGCCUCUGUUCCAGAUGAACUUGGUGCCUGGGGACACUCUAGAACAUCAAGCUAUGCAAGCCAGCAGUCCAAAGUAUCAGGCUAUAGCACAUGUCACUCCCGGUCAUCCAGUUUCUCCGAGUUCUGCCACAGGAGAAAUACCUCAGUGGGAAGCACGUCAACAGGGAUUGAAAGCAUUCUCGAGCCAUGUGACGAGACUGAGCCAAUCACAGCUGAACCAAGUCCAGACCCCGCCGCUGCUGCCACCACCACCGCCACCGCCUCUAAGGAAGAGGAAGCUUCCGAGAAACUCGCCAGAUGUCCAGUGAAGCAAGAUUCUGUUGAGUCUCAGCUAAAGCGGGUUGAUGACACCAGAGUGGAUGCUGAUGACAUCGUGGAGAAAAUCCUACAGAGUCAGGACUUCAGCCUCGACUCCAGUGCAGAAGAAGAAGGGCUGAGGUUGUUCGUGGGACCUGGGGGAAGUACAACCUUUGGCAGCCACCACCUUCCAAACAGGGUAGGAUCUGGAGCCUAUGAACAGGUUGUGAUCAAACGCUAGGAGCGAAGCCGGCGGCAGGCGGAAGCUUCCCUGUGUGGACAACAGGUGUUUCAAGGUGUGUUAGUCAAGCAUGUAAGAAAAACACAGAGCCUGUUUUCAAAGUGAAGUUCAUCUGUGAGGCGGAAGGCAGAGCUGACUCAUUCUUAAAGCAUCCCGCACCAUCCUUUCCCACCUACUCACCCACUGUGGGAGCUUGUGAACGGAUGGAGGGUGGGGCAGUGAAGACCUGGCCUGCCUCAGCACCCAGAACGAAAGGUCUGCUUGGGCUUCUGAAGUACCCGGAGAAAAACCGUACUGGACACAUCUGAGGGUGAUUUUAGUACUCCAGCGUACAUAUCUAAGUUGGGGGUGCUCAACAGGUCUGGGCUCUGUUUUUAAAUUUUAUAUUUAAGAGACAGUACUUGAGGUCAGUGUAAACCCUAUAAAUUCUAUCAAGAUAGUUGUAAUUCCUAUGAAGUCAGUCCUCCGUGUCCUGUUACCUUUGGCAUUGUACCAAGCGUGUUAACUCCUUUUAUGCAGCAGUUGGCAGGAAGAGAGGAGGCUCAUGCUUUGGGGAAAUAUUAUGCUAUAGCUUAAACAUUUUAAAUACUUUAUAAUUCUGAGCAUUUCAGACUUAAGUCAAAUGGCAAAUGCAUCCAAGUCGGCAGCAGGUGGCCAGAAGGAAGGCUGUGAUGGUGCAGCGUCUAUUAUUCCAAUCAUUAAUAUUAGGUGAGUCACAAAACCCCAGUGCCACUGUCUAAGAGUCAAAAUAAGUGUAAUAAUCAGUCUGUAAUAAUCCAUAGGCAAGCUACGAGAAGAGCUGCUUCAUAAUCCAUUCAGUACUAAGACUUGCUCGUCUGGCGGUCAGAACAGACGCAAAACUGUUAGCUGGUCAGAAAGACAGCAUUCUAUCACAGCCAGACUUCUGUGAACUGACGCUUACCGUGCUGUGCUAAUGGACAGACGUCUGAGCAGCUGAGUGGCGUCGAUUUCACAGAGGCCACGGGACCGGCGCUUCCCUAUUUCAGCCUCUUUGACCAGAGAACGUUUCCUUCUUUACCGUGUCAGACAGAAUUCAGCUGUUUGAAGCCAGAGUAGACUAUAACAUAUCUCUAAGACAGCUUUUCGGGUCCAGAUAUCUAGUCUGGAUUCAUGCUAACAGUACAGCCCACAAGCUGUAGCUUCUCUGCCCUCACUUGCCAGUACCCAUGUAGAGAGAGCUAAACUUCCCUUUGCUGAAGAGAAACAUGAGGCUAUAUAGAGCCAUCAACGCCCGAGUCCUCACCUUCACAAUCAAGCCCUAAAAGACAAUAGGUCAGAACAGAAUUGCUCUGGCUAAGGUAAUUUUUAUGUUGCAAUGCUUGAAUAUUUGGAUUGGGAAGUUUGGAAAAAUUAGAAUUGUUUGCAUCAGAAUUUUUAUUUUAAUAUCUCAGGAAUGAGGUAGUCUGCAUUAAUCCAAACUAUUUUUACAAAUAGAUUCUGAAUUUAAAAAAAAAGAAAGAAAAGAUGACACCCUGUUUUGGACUAUUUGAAUACUAAAGGGAAGGACUAUCUGAGUUAGAGUCAGGCAUACUUGGAGGGCAGCAGACUAGCGCACAGCUUGAGCAGGUUGUCCACAGAGCUGAGGACCUGCUGUCUAUUUCCAGAUGAGCAGAUCCCUUGUACGUUACAACAAGAUCAAAGUAAGUUUCAGCGAGAGUUAAUGAAGACGUUACUUAAAGAGGUUUAGCCUGACAAUGUUAAAGGCAUAUUUUUCUAUGUUUAAAAUAUAAUUUCUAGGCUGUAUUUUUAUUGGCGUUUCUGCAAAUGAUUUUGGAUUCUAAAGACAGUAGUAACCCUGGGUUGUGGGCCUGGUUCAGUGAGGCCGCUCAUCAGACACAUUCAGGUGCUGUAGUCAGGGUAGAGCUUAGCCUUCCCUGGCUACCUUGGCCCCAUAUCUUACCAUAGGAUUAGGUCUUGAUAUUUUAAAUGGUACAGAAACUUUGCUUUUUUAGAACAGUAUAAUGUGUGGGUCUGGGGAGUAUAGCUCAGUUGGUAGAGUGUUUGCCUAGAACUACACAAUGUGCUGGGUUUAACCCCACCUCGUACAUAAACCAGGCAUAGUGGUAAAUGCCUGUAAUCCCAGCACUUGAGAGGUAGAGGCAGGAGGAUCACAGGUUUAGGGUCAUUCUUGGCUCCAUAGGAGUUGGGAGCCAAAAUAGGCCAUGGGGUACUCUAUCUCAAAAAGGAAAAUGUGAAGACAUUUUGAAAAGUGUAAAAAUUAUGCCUUCUUAUUUUAACAGCUACCAAUAAUCUUGAUUCAUAUGGCUUCUUGAUUCAUAAAUCGUUAAGUAUUAUAAAAAUUCACUUAGUGACUAGAAACAGGGAGUGGGAAGGGGAAAGGAUAGCUGUGACUCUCUUGUCAGCUAAGUCUGGAUUCUCCUGCCCUGGUGUUUGCGGGCAUGUUCUGCAUUCAUAUGUCAACACUGUCCAAUCAGAAUGUGAAGUGUCGCCCGAGUGUCUGCAUUUCUCUUCUUUCUGCACGGCAUAGACUGCCAGGCUGUCUGCCACAAGGCUACUUUGAAAGCUAAGUAGCAAGUCUACUUUUAACUCUGCUUUGAGUUUAGAGAACAAUAGACUUGGGAAAGUAGGCUCUUAAAAAAUUAUUAUUUUUUAAUAUUUAGUUCAAAUUUUAAACAGACCAAUCUUGGAGAACUUUUUAGCUGUGAGAUGAUUUCUACUUCUGUCCUAGCGGAAAGACAGACAGCACCAGUUACAGCUAGGAUCUGUGAUGAGACGAAAGGGAUGCCUUGUUCAGAAGGAUGCACAGGCCAGGUUAGGAGAGCCUCUCCUGCCAUAAGCUGGUGACAAGAAUGUACAGGAUGUGACAUCCAGGGAAAGGCAGAGAAGGCCUGGUGCCAUUAGUAUACACCUGAAUGCUGGGCUCUAUUUUGUGGCAGUGUUAGGCAGCUUCUGUAUACAAACGUAGAUUAACAUUUUUGACAUUAAAGUCUUGACCAACCACCCAAAAUUCUACCAUCUCAUUCCAGCAUAAAACCAUGAGAAUAAUAUCCAAGCUAGUUUCUUCUGUAUAUGUUUUUGGUCUUUAGUUUGUUUUUGUUCUUUUUUUAACAGAACUGUGAGUCACAGAGGCAGACCACUUAACCCCUCUUUUUAUAAUUAGGAAAAGAAAAUAUCUUCAACUAACCUCUAUUCAAAACAUACUCAAAUUCAGGUUCACACCUGUAACCCCAGCACUUGGGAGGCUGAGGCAGGAGGAUCUAUGAGUUCAAGGCUAGCCUGGGAUACAUGGUCUCCUUCAGUUCAAGGACAGUCUGGGCCCCAUGGUAAUCCUGAACCCAAAAUGAAACCCUGACUCAAAAAGCAAUUUUUUGUAAAUCAGUCAGCUCUGAGUUUUGGUAAGUCAAAGCAUCCAGAAGCAAUUCUAGCAUCUCAUAUUUCCAUAUUAAAUAAACUAUUUUGAAGCGUAAGCUGACGGUAUCAUUCACUACUUCAUGGAAACACUUCUGAAACCUUAGGCUUCCAUGUUUAUAUCAAAUCUCUGAGAGAGACAGUGAGCUCAUAUGACGAGAUUGUGCUAUUUUUCUUCACAAGUCUUUCAUGUGGACAUUUCAGAAAUGCAGUUCUCUUAGAUGGUACGUCCUGUGAGUAUAAUCAGGUAGGGUAGCUGAGACUGCUAGGCCACUGUGCAUCUUGGCUUAGCUAGGCACUGAGCAUACUCUAGUUAGUCGAGCUGUACAGAUGAAAUAUUCCUGUAGUGCGCCUAAGCUAAGGCCUUAUUCCCUUCUCCUUAAGAUUUUUAUCAGAAAAUGUAUAAAUGGUAAUAUGAGUGGUCUCCCCAUCUAACAAAGAUGACAAAAAAUUGAUUUACAAUGUGUUCUGUAUUUUGAAAUGAGUAUGUUUAUCUUAUAUAAUUCUUUGACUGCUAUUCAUCGGCCAGUUCAGUGCAAGGAAGGACAGGCUUAUAGAAGACUUUUAUUAACUUUGUCAAUAUGUCUUGAGGAUUAUCGUCCUUUGUGUUAGUUUAAUCCUUUAGAUGUUAGUGCAGUGUCUAUGAGAAAACUGUUCCUGGAAGCUGAAGAACAGCUCAGUGGCAAGGAACCUUCCAGCAUGUGCAAGACCCUGGGGUCGGUCCUUAGUGCUGAAAAAAAAGAAAACGAAGUGACUCCGUCGGUGUUCUGUGCUAAGCCUUGGAGAAUGACCUUCAUAUUUAUAGAUUCUAUGUCUUAUGUCUUAACCAGUCAGUGAUAAAAUCCAGGAAAUGUUUUUUAACAAAAUAAAAUUUGGUUUGUAAAAUGUUUAUAAUAAUAUAAACGUGGAUCUUAUACAUGUUCAAUAAAAAGCAGUAUCUCAAAACUUUA